GGCAAAGGAGCGUCUGGCUCGUUCAAAUUGCCAGUGGCAAAGGGCAGCGAGACGAAGAGCAAGGUUACGCGGACUGUGAAGGUAGCCCAAGCGAAGAAGCCGAAAAAAUCGGUUGAGAAGAAAACUACGGCGGUUCGUAAACCAGCAGCGGCGAAAAAAGCUCCUGCCAGUCCAGCGAAGAAGACUGAGGCUGCGAAAAAACCAGCGACCCCGAAGAAGUCGCCCGCCAAAACUGAAAAGCUCGCCAAAGCUGAAAAAGCAAAGGCUUCGCCCGAUGUUAGGACCAUGUCGAGGAGCAAGAAGACGGCGAAAUCACCGGCUACCAAAACGAAAGCUCCAAAACCGAAGAAGGCUGCUGCUCCGAGGGCGGUCAAGGCUUCAUCUAAAAAAUAAUUAUGCUCCGCAGAUUGUGGCAGGAACUUGGAGAAACAAAUGGCCCUUUUCAGGGCCACAACUUGAUUUAUGACAAGGAACAAUUUUCAGACAGUGUAGUAACAGUAUUAAUGAUAGAUAUUUUGUACUGCAGGACAUUACUGUGAUACAUUCGUAUUUCAUGUCAUACCUAUCUAUGAAGCAUUUUUUAUACGUUGUAGAUACAAUGAUACGAAGUACAAAUACAUUAGAUGGUG